AUAUAGUGAAUACAGGGUCCAGGGAGAGCAGAUAUAGUGAAUGCAGGGUCCAGGGAGAGCAGAUAUAAUGAAUGCAGGGUCCGGGGAGACCGGAUAUAGUGAAUGCGGUGUCCGGGGAGACCAGAUAUAGUGAAUGCAGGGGUCCGGGGAGAGCAGAUAUAGUGAAUGCAGGGUCCGGGGAGAGCGGAUAUAGUGAAUGCAGGGUCCGGGGAGAGCAGAUAUAGUGAAUGCAGGGUCCGGGAGACCGGAUAUAGUAAAUGCAGGGUCAGGGGAGAGCGGAUAUAGUGAAUGCAGGGUCCGGGGAGAGCAGAUAUAGUGAAUGCAGGGUCCGG